UUUAAAAAAAAAAAAGAAUUGAUUAAAUUGACAAGAAACCCGUAAUUCUUGGAACCCUAAUCAAUUUGUUCAACCCCAUCUCUGACUCGUUAAGCCUUUCAAAAUCUACUUAGCAAGGAAGUCUCAAUAUAAGCAAAGCACGGAAAGGGAAAACAAGUGGAAGAAGGAAAAGAGAAAAGCUUUCCUUGCUAUUUUCUGCUCUUUUCAAAUAUGCAAUUCAAUCUUAAUCUUCUUAUUUAAAAGACGAAAACUUUGUAUGGCUAUAACUCCACAGCUAAAACCAUUGCAAAACCCUAAUUAUCCCAAUUCAUCGGUCCAAAAACCCAAUAUUCUUCAUGGCAACAGAAGCUACCACAACAAAGUUCCAAAAUUCGGACUUCCGGCCGGUUCCACAGCCGCCGGAUUUCCACCCGGGAGGCGAUUUGAGCCCCCACGACGGGCUUCACUUUUGGCAGUUCAUGAUUGCCGGCUCCAUCGCCGGCUGCGUUGAGCACAUGGCUAUGUUCCCUGUCGACACCGUCAAGACUCGUAUGCAAGCCCUCGGCUCUUGCCCCAUCAAAUCAGUCGGUGUUGGUCACGCGCUCCGUUCCAUCGUCAAAUCCGAAGGACUCGCGGGCUUCUACCGGGGAAUUGGGGCCAUGGGACUCGGUGCUGGUCCGGCCCAUGCCGUCUACUUCUCUGUGUACGAAGUUUCCAAGAAGUAUUUUUCUGGUGGGAAUCCGAAUAACUCGGCGGCUCAUGCGGUAUCGGGGGUUUUCGCGACGGUAACAAGCGAUGCCGUUUUAACGCCUAUGGAUAUGGUGAAGCAGAGGUUACAGUUGGGGAACAGUGCUGCUUAUAGAGGGGUGUUGGACUGUGUUAAGAAAGUUUUGAAAGAGGAAGGUUUUGGGGCGUUUUAUGCUUCCUACAGGACGACGGUGCUCAUGAAUGCGCCGUUUACGGCAGUCCAUUUUGCUACUUACGAGGCGGCGAAAAGGGGAUUGAUUGAGAUUUCACCGGAGAGUGCGGAUGAUGAGCGGGUGAUUGUCCACGCCACGGCUGGUGCUUUCGCCGGGGCUUCUGCUGCGGUUAUCACUACGCCUCUUGAUGUAGUUAAAACUCAGUUGCAGUGUCAGGGUGUGUGCGGAUGUGAUAGAUUUAAGAGUAGUUCUAUUAGUGAGGUGAUUAAAACGAUAGUGCAAAAAGAUGGCUACAGGGGCCUCAUGAGGGGAUGGAUUCCUCGAAUGCUUUUCCAUGCUCCUGCUGCUGCAAUCUGCUGGUCUACAUAUGAAGCCGGAAAAUCUUUCUUCCAAGAACUCAAUGAUAGCACCGAAAGUGGCACUGUCACCUGAAGUACCAUAAGGAAUUGCGACCAUUGUAUUUUGCAGCUGCAUGACCAACACCUCAAGUAAGGGUGGAAAGUUUUUGCUUCACACGAGGGAUGGGUAAGCAAGACAUUACAAUCAGGCAUGGCAACAGUUUAUUUAACUUUCACCAUAGAGUGUAAACAUUUUCAUUUGUUACAACCAAUUGAAUAAUAAUAAAUAUCGAGUCAUUUCCUAGCCGGGACCCUAUCGAAUUGUCAUCUGUGAAAAUUUUUUGGUUUUAGUUUCCAUGACAAUAUAAUUGCAUCAGAAAGUUUUGAGUUUGUACCCCCAAAGAUUCAAGUAUUGAAAAUGUUGUGCCUUAAUGCAAUGUUCAAGGAUUAUGUGCUACAGUUUGUUGACUACUUUAAUUGUGGUCAUUGCGUA